UUUAUUACUCUGCAGAUUGAAUGCGGUGAUAUAAAAUUAUUAAGCAAAUCGAUGACUAGCCCUCCCAAAAGAUGGAAAUAUAAUAAUGAAACUGCAAAAAGCAGCCAAUGCGAGAUGUAAUGCGACUGUGGGUUACCGAAGAACACCAACGUAUAAUGCCACUUCCCCCUUCUCUCAUUCGUUUCGUCUUCCACCCGGUAGCCUAGAUUUGCGCUCUCUCUCUCUCUCUCUCGCUGCUCUUUUUGUUCUUCUUUACAUUAUCAACAAGGGAAUUACCUUACAUUCUUUACUUUGAAGUGCACCUAUGGCUUCGCUUAGUGAUAUUGGACUUGCCUGUGCUAUCAACAUCCUCAGUGCAUUUGCUUUCUUCAUAGUAUUUGCUGUCCUCCGGAUUCAACCUUUCAAUGAUAGGGUCUACUUCCCGAAAUGGUACUUGAAGGGUUUAAGGUGCAGCCCAAUACGCACGGAUGCCUUUGUGAGCAAAUUUGUGAACUUGGAUUUCAGAUCGUAUCUGAGAUUCCUAAACUGGAUGCCUGAGGCAUUACGGAUGCCAGAACCUGAGCUAAUUGAUCAUGCUGGACUGGAUUCCGCUGUUUACCUGAGGAUCUACCUCAUUGGGCUGAAAAUUUUUGUUCCCAUAACCAUUCUUGCAUUUUCUGUCAUGGUUCCUGUCAAUUGGACCAAUGGCAGCCUGGAGCGUUCUAAAUUCUCCCACAGUAACAUAGACAAGCUUUCUAUCUCAAAUGUACCAAAUGGCUCACCCAGAUUCUGGACCCACUUGGUCAUGGCUUAUGCUUUCACUUUCUGGACGUGCUAUGUCUUGAAAAGGGAGUAUGAGAUUGUUGCAUUGAUGAGACUGCACUUUGUUGCUUCAGAACAUAGGCGGCCAGAUCAAUUCACGGUACUUGUUAGGAAUGUGCCACCUGACCCUGAUGAAUCAGUUUCUGAGCUUGUGGAACAUUUUUUUUUGGUCAACCAUCCAGAUCACUAUCUCACACAUCAGGUUGUGUACAAUGCAAACAAGCUCUCAAAAUUAGUUGAUGAAAAGAAAAAAUUGCAGAACUGGCUUGAUUACUAUCAACUUAAGUACACCAGAAAUCAAUCCCAAAGGCCUACCACAAAGACUGGAACUCUUGGUCUUUGCGGAAAGAGAAUGGAUGCAAUUGAUUUCUAUACUUCCAAAAUUGAAAAAAUUUCAAGAGAAAUAGCCCAGGAGAAAGAGAAUACUAUAAGCAGCUCUAAAUACGUCAUGCCCGCAUCUUUUGUUUCGUUCAAGACACGCUGGGGUGCGGCUGUUUGUGCACAAACCCAGCAAACCCGUAAUCCAACUGUAUGGUUGACAGAAUGGGCUCCAGAGCCACGUGAUAUCUAUUGGGCUAACCUAGCAAUUCCAUAUGUCUCCCUUUCUGUAAGGAGGCUUAUAAUUGCGGUUGCGUUCUUCUUUCUUACAUUCUUUUUCAUGAUUCCCAUUGCUCUUGUGCAAUCUCUAGCUAACAUUGAGGGAAUCGAGAAAGCCUUGCCCUUCUUAAAGCCCAUUAUCGAAGUGGCAGUGAUAAAAUCAUUCAUCCAGGGUUUCCUUCCUGGAAUUGCUUUGAAGAUAUUUCUCAUAUUUUUACCAACAAUAUUAAUGCUAAUGUCCAAAUUUGAAGGAUUUAUAAGCACAUCUACAAUGGAGAGGAGAUCGGCAACAAGAUAUUAUAUAUUUCAAUUUAUAAAUGUAUUUCUUGGGAGCAUAAUUACAGGAACUGCAUUUCAACAGCUCAAUAACUUUAUGCACCAGUCGGCAAACGAGAUUCCUAAGACAAUCGGCGUCUCAAUUCCGAUGAAGGCCACUUUCUUCAUAACUUACAUAAUGGUUGACGGUUGGGCUGGAGUAGCAGCAGAGAUACUAAGAUUGAAAGCCUUAAUAAUGUACCACUUGAAAAACUCGUUUCUGGUCAAGACUGAAAAGGACAGGGAGGAGGCAAUGGACCCGGGAACUCUUGGUUUCAACACAGGCGAACCUCAAAUUCAACUCUAUUUUUUGCUUGGCCUCGUGUAUGCUGUGGUGUCUCCAGUCCUUCUGCCUUUUAUAUUAGUCUUCUUCGGAUUGGCCUAUGUUGUGUAUCGCCACCAGAUCAUAAAUGUGUACAAUCAAGAAUAUGAGAGUGCUGCAGCUUUCUGGCCGGAUGUUCAUGGGCGCAUUAUAGUUGCAUUGAUCGUUUCACAACUGCUUCUAAUGGGGUUAUUAAGUACAAAGGAAGCUGCUCAAUCGACUCCUCUUCUGAUUACCCUCCCAGUGUUAACCAUAUGGUUCCACCUGUUCUGCAAAGGUCGCUAUGAGCCCGCUUUCCUAAGAUACCCAUUGCAGGAAGCAAUGAUGAAAGAUACACUGGAGAAGGCAAGGGAGCCGAACUUGAACUUGAAGGGUUUCCUACAAACUGCUUAUGUUCAUCCGGUUUUCAAAGGCGGAGAUGACAGCGACAGCGAUUCAGCAACUGACGAGAUUGCCGAGGAACCCGCGCUCGUCCCAACAAAACGGCACUCUCGACGGAGUACGCCUUUGCCUAGCAAACAUAGCGGCUCAUUAUCAUAGGUUGCUUUCCCCUGAUGCCUCCUGUGAGUUCUGGUUGUACAUUGAGGUGGUCAUGAAGGUUUCGGAGUUAACGGUCGGAUAUGUGAAUAUUAUAGAACAGGUGCAGAUUAGGUACAUAAGGUAGAUAAGCAAAAUGAGGAGAAGCGAAAGGUAUGGCCAGAGGUGAUCCAUUAGUUAUUAGAUCAAAAGUUCAUUCACAGA